CGCCUUCACUUUCACUCAGUCAGUGCGCUUCGAAUUAGCGUUUGAAUUGUUUGUUUUUUUCACCCGUGAAAAAAAUUAAAUAACAAACAGAAAUAAUAUUUAAAAAAAAAAAAAUUGCAAAAAGUUAUCGGGUGUCCAAUUUUCAAAACAACCCCCGAGUGUGUUUGCAACAAUCAAGUGGAAGUUGAUUUUUUUCACUCAGCGAGUUUUUUUCCCGUGUCUUUUUAUUUGGACCUAAGCUCGAGACUGGCUACGCCGGGUCAACAGUCCGAAGACAGAAGUUGACAACGAAAUCAAUACAGAACCAUGGCAGGCCUGGUGAAAAUGGCUUUCGACGAGUACAACAAAAUAAGCGAUCCACGAGUGGAAUCGUGGCCGCUGAUGGAGACACCGUUCCCGACCCUGCUCAUGGUUGGCACUUACCUCUACUUCGUCCUUUUCCUAGGGCCUAAGCUCAUGGAGAACCGGAAGCCGUUCAAGCUCAACAGCGUGCUCGUCGUAUACAACGCCAUCCAGACUUUGUUCAGCUUCCUGAUGUUUUCCGAGCACCUGAUGAGCGGUUGGCUUCUUGAUUACAGUUACCGCUGCCAGCCCGUCGACUACUCUCAAAACCCCACAGCCAUGAGGAUGGCCAACCUGUGCUGGUGGUACUACAUCUCAAAGCUAACCGAGUUCAUGGACACGAUAUUCUUCGUCCUAAGGAAGAAGGACAACCAGAUCACGCUACUCCACCUCUAUCACCAUUCGCUGACGCCCAUCGAGACCUGGGUCUGCGUCAAGUUCAUAGCCGGGGGCCACGGCACUUUCUCGAACCUUGUCAACAACCUCGUACACAUCAUAAUGUACUCAUACUACCUCCUCUCGGCCAUGGGACCCCAGUACCAGAAGUACCUCUGGUGGAAGCAGUACCUCACGACUAUCCAACUGGCACAGUUCACCCUCGUCUUUUUCCACUCGGCCCAGGUGCUCUUCUUCGACUGCGGCUAUCCCAAGCUCAUCGCGGCCUUCCUCCUAGUCCAUUCGACAAUCUUCUUCGUCCUUUUCUUCGACUUCUACCAGAAGGCGUACAAGAAAGACCAGGAGAAGAAGAGGAACGCGCUCAAAAACGAGGCGCAGAAGAAGCUCGAAUGAUGAGCGAUGGAUAAUGAAAAAAAAAUCAUCUUUGUAAAUAAUAUACAUACACAAUAAUUAAUAAUAAGACGAAAAAACCCUAUUAUACAAUUUUUAAUUAUUUAUACGAAUUUAUCCCUUUGAAUACAUUUAUAUGAAUAUUUUUUCCUUUCAAUAUACAAAUAUAUUGCCUUGGAAAGAAAAAAUAAAU